GUGACUCAUGCGUGCGUAGUAACGAAUAAAUAGUCAAUGCACGCGGCUCUAAAUAUCAGCAAAUCAAACGUAGGCUACUUCUCUAAAAAGGUCACCGUGGAUGGGAUUUUGUAGACUGAUAUUGAACUGAUAUUCAAAACCCUGUUUUUCUUGAAGUGUCAAAAGCGCACCAGACGUUGCGUUGCGUUGCCAACGGACUUUAUUUCAUCAUCGUCCCAUAGUUUCUUUCUGAGGCUCUACUUGGUCACCUGUACCCAGCCUCAGCACGUGAAUGUGACUUUUCAUCUUGAAUAAAAUAAGAAAGGUUUCCCAGAAAGUGACAGAGAGCUUUGGAGUGAGGACAUUUGUACUGUAUCUUAGGAGUGAUGGCGGCGUCUGCACCUUCCUCGUCUGGCAACGAACCGGAUCCCAACUCGACAAAUUUACGACCACCAGGCUCAAGCUAUGACGCUUGGUGUGGAGUUGCUCACGGAUGUUCUAGAAAAUUGGGAAUGAAGAUAUGUGGAUUUUUGCAGAAGAACAACAACCUCGAGGAGAAGAUUAGUUCCUUCAAGGAAAGAUCGUCUAAGGACCUGCUAGAUAACAGCGACAGGGAUUCCCGUUUCAGACGCACCGAGACGGACUUUUCCAAUCUAUUUGCUAGAGAUUUAUUACCAGCUAAAAAUGGAGAGGAGCCAACUAUGCAGUUUUUGUUGGAGGUGGUGGAUAUUCUCACAAACUACGUCCGGAAGACCUUCGACAGAUCCACCAAGGUCCUGGACUUCCACCACCCCCACCAGCUGCUGGAAGGCAUGGAGGGCUUCAACCUGGAGCUAUCUGACCAACCUGAAUCUCUGGAGCAGAUCCUGGUGGACUGUAGGGAUACCCUGAAAUAUGGAGUGAGAACAGGUCACCCCAGGUUUUUCAAUCAGCUAUCUACUGGCUUAGACAUCAUUGGCUUGUCAGGAGAAUGGCUCACCUCCACUGCAAACACUAACAUGUUCACCUAUGAGAUUGCCCCAGUCUUCGUGCUCAUGGAACAGCUGACGCUGAAGAAGAUGAGGGAGAUCAUUGGCUGGCCUGAUGGAGAGGGCGAUGGGAUCUUCUCACCAGGUGGAGCGAUAUCCAACAUGUACAGUGUGAUGAUCGCCCGCUACAAGUUCUUCCCUGAAGUCAAGACCAAAGGCAUGACUGCUGCCCCCAGACUGGUGCUCUUCACCUCCGAGCAUAGCCACUACUCUAUUAAGAAAGCCAGUGCUGCUCUGGGCUUUGGAACAGAAAACCUGAUCCUGUUGAGCACAGAUGAGAGAGGGAGAGUCAUUCCCGCUGAUUUGGAAGCCAAGGUCAUCGAUGCCAAGGCGAGGGGUUGUGUCCCAAUGUUCGUGAAUGCUACAGCUGGUUCCACAGUGUAUGGAGCAUUCGACCCCAUCCACGAGAUUGCAGACAUCUGCGAGAAAUACAACAUGUGGUUACAUGUGGAUGGUGCGUGGGGAGGAGGCCUACUGAUGUCCAGGAAGCACAGGCACAAGCUGUGUGGCGUAGAGAGGGCCAACUCGGUCACCUGGAACCCUCACAAGAUGAUGGGCGUGCCACUGCAGUGUUCUGCCAUUCUGGUCAGAGAGAGGGGAGUUUUAUCAGGCUGCAACUCCAUGUGCGCUGGCUACCUCUUCCAACCAGACAAACAGUACGAUGUAUCGUACGACACGGGGGACAAGGCCAUCCAGUGUGGACGACAUGUAGAUAUCUUCAAAUUCUGGCUCAUGUGGAAAGCGAAGGGAACAAUAGGGUUUGAACAGCACAUCGACAAGUGUUUGGACCUCUCGCAUUAUCUCUACACUAAAAUAAAGGGUCGCGAGGGCUAUCAGAUGGUGUUCGAUGGAGAGCCCCAGCACACGAAUGUCUGCUUCUGGUACCUUCCGCCAGGCAUUCGUGACAUGCCCGAUGGUCAGGAGAAGAGGGAGAAGUUGCAUAAGGUGGCCCCCAAGAUCAAGGCGUUGAUGAUGGAGUCUGGAACUACCAUGGUGGGCUACCAGCCUCAGGGAGACAAGGUCAACUUUUUCCGAAUGGUCAUCUCCAAUCCUGCCGCCACCAGGUCAGAUAUCGACUUCUUGACCGAUGAGAUUGAGAGACUGGGGCAGGACUUGUAAUGGCCACACCCAUUAGGAGGAUGUUGCCCUUUGACCUUUCAUUCUCAGCUUUGUCAUGUCCAGCUCUAAAAAGACCCUGAGCUACACUGAGCGUCAUAUUCCUGUUGUCUCUUGACCAAUCAUGUAGGACUUUGAAUCUUCAGCUGCUUAUAGGUCUUUUUAGACCACAGGUAACCUUCAGAAUAAUAAAUGUGGGUCUCAUAUGUU